AUGAAUACUGCCACCGACCUCAAGCAAGCCCUUUCCGCCUACCACAACCUCCGUCGAGUUCCGUUACAGAAGCAAGCUCUUUCCCGAAAACUACAAGAAUUGAUCCUACUGGCCGUCGACGCACAAUGUACACAUCUUUUCGCGUCGGGAGUACAGCUUCACACAGCAGCAGCACUCAAAGCUGGCGCCACACAGGCUGAAAUUAUCGAGACUCUUGAACUUGCAGCGGUUCUUGGCGUACAUUCUGUAACUGUCGGAGUUCCGCUCCUCCAAGAAGUCCUCGCCGAACGAGGCGAAUCACGAGUAUCAGACGAAAAACUCUCGCCGAAAGAACAAGAACUCAAAGGCUCCUUUAUCCGUCAGCGAGGCUACUGGUCUGCAUCCUGGCCACCCGUCCUCCAACUCUCCCCAGAAUUCUUCGAAGCUUAUACCGAGUACUCCUCGGUACCAUUUCAAGAAGGUCAUUCGAGUCUGACACCCUGGUUCAAGGAGCUGGUCUAUUGCGCUAUCGACUGUGCGACCACACAUCUUUUCGCUCCUGGGUUGAAGAUACAUAUUAGGAAUACACUGGAGAAGAGGGCGAGUAAGGAGCAAGUGAUGGAGGUUUUUGAACUUGCCAGUUUGAUGGGUGUUGAAGAGACUGUGAAGAUGGGGGCUGAGGCUUUGGUUGAAGUUGAAGGAAAGGCCUAA